AACGCUGCUGAGUGCCGCGUUCACCAGCCUGAACAGCGUCUACCACAGCAGCAGCGACACCGCUCCCGACGAGGAGCCGGAGCAGCCGCCAGUCCAUCACCAGGGCCAUCGCCAUCGGGUGAACAGCCACAGUCACAGUCACAGUCACCGGGAUCGCGGCCACAGCCAGAACAGCAGGGCAGAAGAGAUGGGCGGGCCCACAGCGCCCGUGGCCAGCAGCGAGGGCCAGACGUACUGCCUGCGCUGGAACAACCACCAGACCAAUCUGGUGCAGAUCCUGCACGCACUGCACGAGGUCGGCAGCUACGUCGACUGCACCCUAGUCGUCGACGAUGAGCAGUUCAAGGCACACCGCGUGGUGCUGGCGGCGAACUCGCCGUACUUCCAGCACAUCCUGCAGGACGUGCCCCAGGACCAGUGCAGCAUAAUCCUGCCGGGCGUGAGGGGCUUCGAGAUCGCGGCCUUGCUUCAGUACAUGUACACGGGUGAGACCACGGUGACCAAGAGCCAGGAGCCGGAGAUCCUGCGCACUGCCAAGGAGCUGCAGGUAAAGGGGCUCUACGACAAUCUGAUGAAGUACAAUCACAAGGCGGCCAGCGCAGUGGAGGAGCGUGACCAGAGCCAGUUCCAUGCCAGCAUCACGCCCACCUCCAGCUCGGGAUUGGGCGUUGGCUCUGGCAAGCCCCUCAACGGGUCCUCUGCCGACGGCUCCUUCGGCCAGCAGCACCACAACUCCUCCUCCGUGAUCUCAACGUCCACGCACAUCUCGCCCAGCGCCGCCAUCUCGAGCAGCUGCUCACCACCGCCGCCGCCAUUCGGAAGCUACCAGCCGCCGUACACAAACUUCCCGCCUGGAUCAGGACCUAUCAAUCCACAUCCCCACAUCCCAGCCGGUGAGACUCCCCUGACGCCCACGCAUGCCACUUCGCACGCCGUAGCCGGUGAGGCAGGCCAGUGGCCCCUCUCGCCCUCCGCUGCCGCUGCCGCCAUGCUGAACUCCGUCUAUGAGUCCGCCGCCGACAUGAAUCCGCUCAAGCGCAAGAAGCUAUCGGCCAUCUCAAGCAUGCUACUCAACAGCACCCGGGACACGCCCAUUCUGCGCAACGUGCUGGCCCAGGCCAACCCAGCUGACUCCUCGCAGCCCAAUCCUCUGCUGCUGAAGAGCUCCUCCACCUCCUCCCUAAACGAGAAGACUCCCACCCAUCAGCACCAGCACCAGCCGCCGCACCAGCACCACAGCGGAGUCGGCGUGAGCGGCGGAACCGGUAGCCACAGCUUCAACGGCUCGGACUACGGCGGCGACAAGGAGCCCCUAUCACCGCACACGGACCGUUCCUUUGAUGAGGAGACUGGCGGGCCGGGCGGCAAGAAGCCGGAGUGGAAGCGUUAUAAGCAGUACACCCGGGCGGACAUGAUGUGCGCCAUUCAGGCCGUUCGGGAAGGCAUGAGUGCGCUCCAGGCGAGCCGCAAGUACGGACUACCCAGCCGCACCCUCUACGACAAGGUCCGCAAGCUGAACAUCACUACGGGCCGUGGCACGCAUCGCACACCCAAGCGCAGCCCACCCGGGGUUGAGUCCUCCGCCGCCUUUCCCUACUCCGCAGCAGCCGCUGCCGCAGCUGCCCACAGCUACGGACAUGUCCACGGGCAUGGCCAGCCGGAUCUAGAGCGUGAGCCGAAGGAGCAUGGCCAGCAUAGUGGCCAUGGAGGCGGCCACCACGGCAUGCCACCCACCAUUCCCCAUUCGGCAGCCGCCCUUCUGGAUCACGCCUUUCUGCAGCAGGCCCUGGAGAACCGAGGCGGGGAUAUGGCCGGGCGUGAAGCACUCCACGCCAUGGCCCUGGCAGCGGCCGCCCACGCAGCUGCCAACCGAAUGUCUAGCAGCCCCCAGGAGUCCGGCUCCAAUGGACACGCAGCCAGAUCUCCAAGUCCAAGGGCUCGGCACUACUCCGAGCACGAGGCCAUGGAGAUAGAGAUGGAGAAGCACGAGCAGCGCCUGAUCAAGAGGGAGCGGGACCAGGACGAGCGCGAUGAUGCUGACGAUGAAGAUGAUCAUGACCAGGAGCAGGAUCACGAUCACGAUCACGAUCACGACCAUGUGGAAGAUCUAUCGCUGGCACGCAAAGAACGCCCCGAGUCGCCCUACUCUCCUCAGCCCCCACGGGCCUCCUCGCCGGUCGAGAGCGCCAGUGUGAUCAUGCACUCCAACAGCGCCUCCACCAAUGGAAAGGACCACGAGGAUUAUCCCCACUCACCACCGCCCGUGGCCCUGGGUCUGGGCCUGAAGCGGGAGCUACUUGGCGGCGAGGAGUCGCAGGCUAGAACCGACUGAUUGACGCUCACCAUGGCCUGGCAGUACGCGGCGGACAGCUACGAUUCCAUAUGCUAGACCUGCUGGGCCAGAUGCACGACCCCAGUACACCGCCCCAAGGUGGUUACCCUUCACUCCCCUUGUGUUAUUAUUUUCU